CCAAACACAGCCCCUCUCUCUCUCUCUCUCUCUCUCUCCUGGUUCACCGAUUGAAUUCCCAAAUCAAAUUCCCAUCAACUCUGAUAAAUCAAACAACUACGAAUUGUCAAAGUGCAGCCCCCCUCAAGCCCUAACCCUAUCUCGAAUCACACCCAAAGACACUGUGCCUAUAUCCAGAGAGAGAAAAAUUCUAGAGAGAGAAAUCUCCCUAUAACGAGCUGCUGCCAUUGCUCGCGGAAACUCAUUGAAUCCUUGCUUGGAACCAGUUUUCGCCGAGAUCUCGACGAACCCAGGAGCAUUUGCACUUCUCUAACCCUAAAUUCCACUCUUUCCGAGCUCCGAUACCCGAUUCAAUCCCUUUUUUUGAUUUUUAAUUAUUGUACUUCUUCUGCAUUCCAUGUGUCGUAGAGCCGUAUGAUCGGCAUGGGAGCAGAGAGGAAAUGGCUGUUCGCCCUCUUCUUCGCCGCCUUCGUCUCCCUCCUCCUCUUCAUCUCCUCGAUCUCCGGCUUCAGCGCCUCCCGCGCCGCCUUCUCCUCCUCCCCCUCCGUCCGACGCGGCCCGGGUUACCCUCCGGCGUUCGCGUACUUCAUCUCGGGCGGCGGGGGCGACGGGGAGAGCGUCUUCCGGCUGAUGCUCGCGGUGUACCACCCGAGGAACCGGUACCUGCUGCACAUUGGGGCGGAGGGGAAGGACGAGGAGAGGCGGAAGCUGGCCGGGCUGGUUCGGUCGGUGGCCGUGAUUAGGGCUUUCGGGAACGUGGAUGUGGUGGGGAAGCCCGACGCGAUGACCUACAUGGGGUCCUCCAACAUCGCGUCGGUGUUGCACGGCGCGGCGAUACUGUUGAAGGCCGAUGGUGGGUGGGAUUGGUUCGUUACCUUGAGUGCAUUGGAUUAUCCGUUACUUACUCAAGAUGAUUUAUCCCAUGUGUUCUCCUCUGUCCCAAGAGACCUCAAUUUCAUUGAUCACACCAGCGAUCUUGGAUGGAAAGAGGGUCAAAGAAUUCAGCCCAUUGUGGUUGAUCCGGGGCUUUACUUGGCAAGGAGGGCCCAAAUUUUUCAUGCCACGGAAAAGCGCCCGACACCUGAUGCCUUCAGAGUCUUCACAGGUUCUCAAUGGGUUAUCUUAAGCCGACGCUUUCUUGAAUUUUGUGUUCUUGGAUGGGAUAACCUCCCUCGCACCCUUCUAAUGUAUUCAAAUAAUGUGAUUCUCCCCCAAGAAGUGUAUUUCCAUUCUGUCAUCUGCAAUGCCCUGGAGUUCAAGAACACGACUGUUAACAGUGAUCUAAGAUACAUGAUUUGGGACAAUCCCCCCAAGAUGGACCCCCUUUUUCUAAACACGUCAGAUUAUAAUCAGAUGGUUCAAAGUGGAGCUGCCUUUGCCAGACAAUUUUAUAAAGAUAAUCCGGUUCUGGACAUGAUAGACGAGAAGAUCCUCAAGCGUGGACGUAACCGAGCUGCCCCAGGGGCCUGGUGCACGGGUCGGAAGAGCUGGUGGAUGGAUCCGUGCUCGCAAUGGGGCGAUGUCAAUGUCUUGAAGGCUGGACCUGAAGCCAAGAAGUUUCACGAGUCCAUAACUAGUCUUCUGGAUGACUUGAAUACCCAGUCAAAUCAGUGCAAGUGAUGGUGUAAGAACUGAAGGAGAAUCACAUCCAGGAAAGGCGAAUCAAAUAUUAUUAAUACCGAGGUAUUUUGACACACAUUCAUUGGUCUUGACACGUACUCUUUUUUUUUUAGUGGAGAUCUGGUCACAGGCUUAAGAAAUCUGUAUAUUGAGGGGUUUGAAUUGGAGGUUUCGGGCUGUAGUGUUGGGGGUUGGUAUUGAUUGUAGAAGCCGCUACCAAACAGUCUUCAGACUUCACUCAUUAAGGGGGAUUGUACUGCCAUUUUAUAGCUUAGUAUUUGUUACCUCUUGUAGCUUAGCAGUUGAUCCGGUUUGAAAUGUUGAGGGACGGGACAAAUUCAUUCUUUAUAUUCCAAUCUGUUGGUACUGUUUUAUUGUC